AUGAACAGGUUCUUUGCUUUUGGCAUCGUGGCCAUUCUCUAUUUGCCCAGUUUCGAUUUCACAGCUACAUCUUGUGGUCUCAAAGAGGCAAGGAGGUUGCUGAACAGGCUUGAAGAUGAUGGCUGGAGUGAUGUACUUCAGUCCUGUUCGGAAGUCCAAUACGAGACUUCUAUCUACGUUCACAAGCAUAUUUUUGUGGUCUCGACACCUGUCGUCAAAGGCGACUCUGGUUGUCCAAGCAUAGCCAUGGAGCAAAGUGGCGCUCUUGGAAAGCCGUCUGAUGCGGACUCUGACGCUCUCACUGAUUCUGAGAUUCGUACCGUGAAUGUACAUGAAGUCAUUCUCCCAAAUUACAUCGACCCGAAGAGUUUUCCAUACUUGCCGCUGGGAACCUUUCUGCUUAAAGAGAUUGCAAAAGCAUUCCACAAUGCAAAAGCCCAAGUUCUUUCAGAUCCGGACAGCAUGCAAAACUUUGACAUUGUCACUGAGAACUGCGGUCACUUUCCGAAUCGUAUGAUGGACCUUUUGAACGUGGAGAUCGAUCAUGAAAUGGUUCGAUUCAUCGCAAGUCGACUUCAAAAGACAAACCCUGCCCUCGCUCAAGAUGUGCGCAAGAGUCCCAGCGCAACUAAAUUGUUGUCCGACCGCAGCAGGCUUGACGACCUCACAGAUCUACAGUUGAUCGAGUUGAACGUUGAGUUCAAAGUGAAACAUCUGUACAACUCAUCAACGGCUCCUCUUAGUGAUAUCUACAACAACAAGCUGCCCAAGGAGGAAGGUCGUCGUCGCAGAAUCCUUUCAACGGAAGAGGAGGAAACAGUGACACUUAAAACGGAUAGGCGACUUUCAGAAACAAAAUGCGGUCGAUGGUACUCCUCUAGAUGUCUUGCAGAAAGCGACAUCCGCUAUGACCCUACAGCUUCCAAUGCAAUCGCCGAUCAGAACCCUUUGUGGAAGAAGCUUGAAGGCCUUUACGAAGCAUCUGCCACCGCUUAUGGUCCUGAUGGACGAGCUAUUGAGCCCUCCUUUCUGAAGGAAAACGCCGUUUCUUUUUCACCCGAUCAAAUGCCAUACACCCAAGCCCCCUACAAAAUGUUCAUUAACAUCACAUUGAGUGGUUCGAGAAUGUACGAGCAAAUGCAUGCUAUCUAUCCUCCUCCACCGAGUGCAUUUUGUACCCAGCCUAUACCAGAAGGAAUGCUAAAUGUUAUUUUGCCAGGACAAUGCGGUUUGAGUGGGACUUCCGGAUUCUAUGAGCGCUUUGGAACCAGCACUUUCGAAAAGGACGGAUCUCUAGCGAUGUUGCCUUUUGGAUCAACAAUGACGGGCGUUAAGCUUGAUCGCAAGUCGUAUGUGAGUCUCCCUGCUGGUGAAAGCAAUCACUUCUCCAGCUACAUGGAAGGUGAUUUGCUUGUACAAUACGCAUCUGCUUGCCUUGAUGCAGAGUGUAGUCAACUAUCCACGACUAUUGAUUACUAUGUCACCUCUAUUCCGGAAGGUGAAGAGUUCAAGGUUGUUGCUUCCACUCGGAUGCUUGCCAAGAGAAUCACAUCAUCCGAGGACUUCCACGAUGCACUUGAACAAGCUUACUUUGAGAACAAUGUGCCCCCCGAUCAAAGACCAUUCAAAGGCGACUGUCUAUCAGGUUACUGUCCAGACAAAAGCGACUGGUGUGAGUACGACCCUGAGUGUGCUGUCUCUCCAUAUCAAGAGCCAGAAGCAAGUAUCUUGAUCGGACCAAUUGCAGGGAUCGGGUUGGCUGUCUUUGUGGUCAUCUUUUCUGCUUUGUUUUACUUCCACAGGAGCCAAAUGAAGCAAAAGGAGGCCGUGCUGCGCGCCAAGUUUGCAGGUCGCAUUGCUGAAGGUAUCCGUGUCAAUGGUAAUGCAGGUAGUCUCUCCCCUGAUGAAUUGGCAUCCGAAUUUCACAAAAUUGACCAGGAUAAGGGUGGGGCCCUCGAAAAGGAAGAGUUGUGGGCGUUCUUGCAGUCUGGAAGAGUUGGCCAUAUGAGCCGGGCUGACUUUGACAUGUUAUUCUCAGUGAUUGAUAUUGAUCGAAGUGGCAACGUCGAUUUCAACGAGUUUGUCGCUUUCUUUGCCAAAUGUGACAUGAACCAGACUUGA